CGAAACUAACAAAACUCCUCCUCCCCUCCCUUCCACCUUUAUUCUUUUUUAAAAAAAUCAAUAAUGGCUACCAACAUUACAUGGCACAAGGGCGCUGUCUCUCUUACUGAACGUCAAGAACUUCUCGGCCAAAAGGGCUGCACCAUCUGGUUCACUGGUUUGUCUGCUUCUGGAAAGUCUACUCUUGCUGCUGCUCUUGAACAGACCUUGUUGCACGCUGGUAUCUCUGGUUACCGUCUGGACGGUGACAACAUUCGUUUUGGUUUGAACAAGAACCUCGGCUUUGGUCCUGAGGCCCGUACCGAAAACAUUCGUCGUAUUGCAGAGGUUUCCAAGCUCUUCUCUGAUGCUACUGUCAUUGCCAUUACCGCUUUUAUCAGCCCUUACAAGGCCGAUCGUGAUGCUGCUAGAGCUCUUCACGAAGCUGCUGGUAUUCCUUUCAUCGAGGUCUAUGCCGAUGCUCCUUUGUCUGUGGUCGAGGAGCGUGACCCCAAGGGUCUUUACAAGAAGGCCAAGGCUGGAGAGAUCAAGGAAUUCACCGGUAUCUCUGCUCCUUAUGAAGCCCCCACUUCCCCCGAAAUUCACAUCAAGACCCACGAAGUAUCUAUUAACGAGGGUGUUCAGACCAUUUUGAACUAUCUUAUCGAGAAGAAGUUGAUCCAAGGUGACAAGCUGGUCAAGCACUAGAGGGUCGUUUCUUUUAAUAUUUAGAAAAUAUCUACACAACUCCAAAAAUUCCCCUCAUACAAAACUAUAUAUAUUUUUUCCCUAAACACAUAUAGAUAUAUAUAUAUGUAUUUAUACAUUUACACAAAAACAUAUACAUACAAACACCCACACCUAUAUAUAAACCUUUCUUUUAUAUAUAUAUAAAAUGAAAAUGAC